CAUCAAAUCAGCCAUAUCUGCACACGAUGCUUCUGUUACUAUCAGUGGAGAGGAUGUGCGAACAGAGUACAGCGAGACAACCCUGGCUAGUCUAAAUCGUUCCCGCAAGAAGUGGCAGGAUCGGAGGAGUGACUUGUAAGUUUGUGCGAUGUUCUUGUAUGGGAAAUACUUGAAAUCCACUGGGAUUGCUGGCUUCGUUGCUCAUCGAAGUGAGGAGUGUCCUGUGUGCAGCCUGACCAGCCUCUCUCCUGGCGUUUGGUGCGCUUACCUGGAUGGCAGGCGGACCUUCCUCUACAGGCAGUCGUGGUGAAAUGCUGUGCCAGCCCCAUUUUUCAAAAAUUGUAGUCCUGGAAUUGGAUCGUUUCGUCGUUGGCUUUACCUGGCCGACGUUUUUGGAGGCUCGCCGGCACAUUGGUGACUGGAGCUGAUUGGCUGUUUAGGGCCGUGUAGUGAUUCUCUGAUAUCUGAGCGAAGAAUGGAUUGUGGAAGACUUGCUGUAGCUCUUGGAGUACGAGCUGUUCCUAGUGUUAGUAGCAGGGCAGUAGAUGGCCAUGGAAUGCUGCUGUUGCUGCUGGUAGCAGAGUAUGUGUGUGUGUUCAGACCGAUGUACCCCAGGGAGUUUCUCUCCUUAUCCAGAACUUGGUUGCUGGAGGCAUUCUGCGCCAGUUUGCAACAGGAGAAGGGAACUGUUUAGUUUCACAGGAAACAUUAAUCCCUGCUCACUAGAGUUUGGAUAUUGUGCAAGCAGGAGAGUGGACAACUGUGCCUGUAGUAUUUAACCUGCUGCUGUUAUUGGUGAUGGCGAUGAGGAUGGCACUAUGAAUCCAUGAUGAGGAUUGGCGCUGAUAUCUGGCACAGAAUGCUGAUGGUUGCUGGCUGUCUUCUCGUAGAGUUGGGCAGUGUUGCAGUGCUGGCUAUGUUUGGGAGGCUGCAAUGCAUGACAAAGAGCAUGCUCUUUCACAUGUAUAUGAGCACAUGCACCAUGGAAGCACGCUGCUGUCAUUGGCAAAUUACAUGGUGACAUGAUCCAGGCCUGUGCAGAGUUUGGUGCAAAUAGUUUUGGCAGUGUACUAAUGCCACUUGCCGGAGCGUGGUUGGGCAGAAUGGAUGCAGAUGGAUGCGAGUUUUAUGCUGCACCAGUCCUUAUAGUUUGCGCUUUAUAUGCGUUAGCUUUCUGGACUGUUUAAUUUGGAGAGAAAGCGUGCAGGUGAUGGCAGGCGAUGAUCAAUACGAUCAGUGUUACUUGGAUGCAUUGUUGCGUUGCAUUGAUCCAUGCUGGUGUUUUCAUGUGUCCAUGAGCAACUGUCAUUGGAUUGCAUCGCUCCUUCGUCUUUAUCCCCAAAAAUAAAUGAAACUAGUGUGCGUCGUGGUAGGGCUGAUGUUGGCAUCAGCCGUCCAAGAGCAUCAAGCCGGGAUGGUGGUAUUGGUAAUGCUGCUCCUGCUGCUGCUAGUAUCAUUGGUGGCAUUGGUGGCGGUGGAUUGUCCAAUAGCUCAUCAGCUGCAAAGGGUAAUGACUUGCGCGUACUCGUUGUUCGAAAUAUCUCGGAUCGGCACACAGAGCGUAGCUUAUGUGAAGGUCUAUUCCAUGAAUUUAAGAAGCAUGGUGAAGUAAAGCAAGUCAAUGUCCACGAAGAGAACGGAAAUCGAUUUGCUGUCGUAGAAUUUAAGAAGGCUCAAGAAGCGGAGAGUGCAAUGGAAACAGUACAAAAUCGUACUUUCUUUGGCUGUGAAAUGAAAAUCAGCCUGGCGAAUUGUUCAGUUUUGCCAACCCUACGCAAUGAGCGCGGCUUCCGUGGCCGUGGCAGGCGCUAUCAUGCAUUUGGUGGCUUUGGCGGGGGUUCCUUUGAAGGUUUUCCAGAUUUACCAAUGACAGAUAGUCCUGAAGAGGAGAUGUCACCUGGACCGGUUCCUAGUCAUCCUCCCAACCAUCGUGCUGCUGCUGGACGGCUUCAAGUCACGGUGGAGCAGGAUGUAACCGGAGAGUUAGAGGAAGAGUUUGAUGUCAACGCUACUCGCACGUUGUUUGUAGGCAACAUUGAUAAAGCGGUUACCCCCAAUGACUUGCGCAGUGUCUUCAGUCGGUUUGGGGAGAUUCUGGAAGUCGACAUGAAGUCGCAGAGGUCCGGCAUGUAUGCGUUUGUCCAGUUCAAUGACAUGACCAGUGCGUGUAGAGCCAAAGCGCUGAUGAACGCACAGCUGAUUGGACGCUCAUAUUGCAAGGUGGGCUUUGGUCAUCGAGUUGUCACACAUACCCUGUGGAUUGGUGGUAUAAGCCAUCAUGUAUCUGAUGCUGAUGUCGCUCGCAAGUGUUCCAGGUUUGGUGCAGUCCUGGAAGUUGCUGUCAACCCAGCUCAAAAAGCAGCGCUGGUCCACUUUGACUGUAAAGACUCGGCAGUGGCAGCUGCUGAUGAGCUCCGUGGGAAAAUCUUCCAUGGUUCGCGUCUCAAGGUUGACUUUGCCAAUCGGAACAGCCGGAGCGCCUUCUACAAGCAGUUGGAAGAGCAGGGAGGAGACAUUGGCCCAAUGCGUGGUGGACCACCAGAUGGCAUGGGAAUGGGCGGUGGCGGCCGUGGAGGCCCAGGUCCUGGCCCCGGACCACCGGGACCUGGGCCCGGACCGCCAGGACCCCCGGGACCACCCGGUCAUGGCGAUAUGUUCUUUGGUGACAUGCCUCCGCAUGGUCCUCCCGGCGGUGGUCGCCGCGGUGGUUUCAGACCAGAUUUCCACCGCGGUUUCGUUGGUGGCCGGGGCGGGCACGGUGGCCGGGGCAAUGGUCCAAUGUUUAGAAAUGGCCCAGGUGGCAGAGGUCUAUUUACGCGCCACUUUAGGGGCAACAUGACCAAUGAAGAUGAGGAUUAUGAUAGUGAACUGCGCAAUUUUGGCUACAUGCGAGAGCGUGAGCGUCAACGGCAGCGUGUGUGGCAACAGGGUGAAGAUGGCGAUGAUGGCAGUGAUGUACCCAUGAACAAUCAAACGGACGGGAGUGAAGCCCGCACACGUUCACCACAGUCAGACAUGUCUGACGAAGAUGUCCUUAUCCCUAGCAAGACUGCCGGCUCCACCGAGAAAAACAACCAAUCUAGCAUGAGCAUUAAAAAGGAAGAGUCCAGCAGCUCCAGUAAGCAACGCUCUACUGACAACAGCAGUGGCAGCAGCAGCAACAACAACAGCAGCAGUAAUGGCGGUGCUGGAGGAGUAUCUACAUCCACUUCAAACAGUGCUGCCACUAGUGGAGCUGCUGCUGCUACUACCAGUGCUAGCAGUCACAGCUCUUCUACUAGUUCUAAACGAAGCUCUGAGAGUAAGAAGCGCUCUGAAAACAAGAGUAGUGUAGAAGUCAGCAAGUCCAGGUCGCAAGAGACUGUUAUUAAAGAGGAACGCCACUCCCCUGCACGUAGUGAAUCACAGCGUGACACAGGCCAUGCAGAUGCAAGAGAAUCAUCAAGCCAUACUAGCAAUGGUACUGGUCUUGCUAGCAGCUCAAGUACUAGCGGUGGCACCAUUGGAUCUCGCCAGUCUGCUCUGCAAUCUCAUGGUGAAGCCAGCAACUCGCUGCAGCCAAGUAAGCGUAGUGAACGUAGUGAAAGCUCUCGCCAUCACCAAGCACACCGUGAUAAAGACAAUUUCAGUGAAAGUAGCAAAUCCAGGCGUAGUACUACUGAUGGAAAUGAACGAAGACGGCGGCGUGAUGACAAUGAACGAUCACACGAAUCCUCCCAGUCCAGUCACUCCAGUAGCAAGCCGAGUUCGUCAAGUCGCCAACAGGCUCCCCGAAGUCGUAGCAGAUCUCCGUUGUCACGCAGUCAUGGCUCAACGCGACGUUCAAGGCGUUCACCAGGGCUAUCAGGCGAGGUGAGUCGGUCGCCUCGGGGCAGUGGUAAAUCAUCCACCCACGAUGACUGGUCUGGUCGGCGCGAUCGUGAUCAAUAUUCUCCCCCACAGCAACAACAUCGGUCAUCUUGGAGACGGCAUGGUGAUUCUUCUGCUCGUCCAUCUGGACAUGGAGGUCAGCAACGCUCGCCUAGCUACUCUCCAUCAUCCCGCCAGCAAUCUGCAAAGGAACAUCAGCACCAGCACCAACAACAACAGCAGCAGCAGCAAGUGAUAACCCAACAAGGUCAACUUGUUGCUAAUGAUCCAGGUGCUGUUGCUGGUGGUGCCACUGCUGUUGCAGCAGCAGGUGUGAAUCAAGCAACACCCAUGUACACUGUGAGCGUUGCUGGCGCUCCCGGGAGCUUUGUUGUGCCGCAAUCAUCAGCUACUUUCCUCUAUGACGCUAAUGGCCAAGCAUUGGCUGCCGCUGCUGUAGCAGCUCAAAACACCGCUGCAGUGGCUGACAGUCAGAGAAAGCAAGCAGCUGCAGCAGCAGCAGCUGGCAGUGCAGCUCCCGCUGGAUUUGUAACGACAGAUAUGUAUGUGCCUGCCGGCGCAGUGCAGAAUCAAGUUGUUGCUCUGAGCAUACCUUCAUCUGCAGUUGCUUCGCAGAGUACUGUCAUAUCCACUGCAUUGUCAGCAACUGCUGUUGCUGGCGCCACACAAGUGCCCAUUGCAAGUAGUGCAGUUGCUGCAGCUGCUGGAGGUCAACAGAUGAUGGCACCAGGUGCAGCUGCUAAUACCGCAGCACAACCUGUGCAAGCAAAUGCAUUACUAGGACUGCUACAGCGUUAUCCUGUCAUGUGGCAAGGCCAUCUUGCUCUGAAGAAUGAUGCAGCAGCUGUUCAAAUGCAUUUCUUAUCUGGCAGCCAGCAGCUAGCGCAGCUGGCUCUACCUCAACCUACUGUUAGUUCUGCGGCCGCAACUCUGCGUAUCGCCCAGAGGAUGCGUCUAGAUCCAUCACAACUAGAAGGCGUGGCGUUACGUAUGCAGGCGGAGAUGGAGCACUGUCUUCUAUUAGCAUUGCCAUGUGGUCGUGAUCCAUUGGAUGUUCAUGCGCAGACACGAGCACUUCGUACUGGCUUCAUCACCUACUUACAGAACAAACAAGCUGCUGGCAUUAUCAAUGUUGCUGGCAACGCUCCCUCUGCACACCAGGUUGCCAAUGGUGUUGGUGCUGGUUUUGUACUUCACAUCUUCCCACCGUGUGACUUUACAGAGCUGCACGUUGCCCGUGUAGCUCCUGACCUAUUGAGCAGUGCGGCGGAUAGCGGCCAUUUGAUGGUUGUUAUCGCUGCUAUGUAGUGCAGUACAAGUACUCCUCCAACUUAAAUACCGGUCAUUUCGUGCCAGUGUCAUCGGAGCCGACGGCUGUGGCUGCUGUUUCUGCCAUCGCCGCGCAGUAGUGUUGUGCACUGUCGUAGUGUUGUGCACUGUCGUGUAGUCAAACCCAAUGUGUUACGUUAGUUACUUUAAAUUGUCUCGUCUUGUUUGGCAUCUGUUUUCAACCGUGUGAUGUGUGUGUGUGGCACGUUCCCAUGGCCAUCUGGGUGUUGUUACUGGUGGAUGUGUGGUUUAGUUAUAUCUUACUACUGCCUUUCUGGCUCACAUAUACCCCCGGUGUGCUUUUUCUGGUGUGCUCAUUUAGCCUGGUGAUUUGUCCAGUCAAAGUUGUGAUUGCAUGACUUUAAUUUUAAUCUUGAGUUCAAAAUGUUGAUUUUCAGACAGUUGCGUGUGCAAUGGUGUGCACAGUCUUCGUAGCAUCCAUUAGUUGCGUAACAUCCCUCUAGUACGCUAUUGUGUUUAUGUGAAAUGUACAUGACUGUAUAAUUAUGACAUUCACAGUUUGA